GAGGACUAGUUAGAACCCUGAAGGAAAAAGCUUCAAUUAGGGUUUAUAAACCCCACAAAAACACCUUUGUUUUCCCCGAAACAAUGUUCUAGACUCUAUAAUCAUCAAAAUUCUAGGGUUUUAUGUUUCUUCUCCCGUCUCCAUUCCCUCUCCCACUUUCAACUGGUGAUUUCGAGACUUGAGUUGAAGGUUAUACCUGUGCUACCGACUUUUGUUCUAAAGCUGUUUGUUUAAGUAAUACUAUUUUUUAGAUGUAUGUUCAAGGGAAUCAAAAUCCUCAGCCAGGGCAGGGUCCUCAAAAACCCAUAUCAUCUCCAUAUCCGCAGCACCUGCCUGGUCCAUCUCCUCUACCUCAAUUCCAGCUAGGCCCUUCAAGCUUUACAUAUCAACAGCAUGGUCCUGCUGCACCUCAUCAAAUUCCACCUGGUGGUAGAUUGCCAAAUACAGGCCAAUCUUAUCUAUACCCACCUUUGCAUGUUCACGCAGGUGCCUCAUUGCCUCAUCUGUAUCUGAGUGCUCAACAGAACUCACAACAUAAUUCACAGUUAGGUACCCAGAAUGCACUUAAUAUGCCACAGCCAGUGCUUCCUCCUAUUAGUACAUCUCACCCAGAAGUUUCACAGACCCAGCCACCCUCCUAGAGCAUUACCUCCUCCACCACCUCCUAGAGAAUUACCUCCUCCACCACCUCCUCCUCAAUCUCAAGGGCAAGUAUUUUAUAGAGCACCAGUGAAUCCACCUCUGCAAUGGCCAGGACUUCAGCAGUUAUCAUCACAUUCACCUUUUCCUGCUACAACGAGUUUCUUCACUUCAGCUCCACUUGGAAGCUUCACACACUCAACAAGCACAAAUCAUCAUACUGCUCCACAUCCACUUCCACCCCCACCCCCACUGCCACUGCCACCUCCACCCUCCUCUCCACUGCCUAUCCAACCAUCUCCUCCACCUUCCACCUCUGUUUCCAUUUCAUCUUCUAAGCUUGCCCAGAAUGAUUCCAACUUGCCCUGUAAUCUGGAUAAUGAUGGGUCUAAGUUAAGUACUUCAGGUUCCAUGGACGACGCAAUGACUCCAAAUCAGGUCAACCCUGAUUUAAUUGCAGAUGAUGACUCUCUGAAUAAGGUUGGGGGAAAUGCCUGCAAUGUGGGUUUUAUGGUUGGAGAUAAGCUAUCUUUACAAGAAAGUUUGACUGUGGAUGUAUCUUCCCCUCUUCGUAAGCCAACAGAUAAAAAUCUCAUUGAAAGGAUUAAAGCUUUAUGCCUGUGCAUUGCUAAGAAUGGUCCUGAUUAUGAGGAUGUGGUUCGUAAAAAUGAACAUAGCAACCCAGAGUAUGCAUUUCUGUAUGUUGGUAAACCCGGAAGUGAGGAUGCUAUAGCGAAUGACUUUUUCCAGUGGAUGAAAAAGAAAAGUAUUUUGACCUGUAAACUAGAUGAACAGCAAGACGAUUCAUCUUUGAGGCCUUCAGAAAACGUGUAUCCGGAGCAAUCCUGUCCUUUGGUGAUUGCAGUCGCAUCUCAUUCGCCUGGUGAUUCUGACAUGGAGAUGGAAGAUGAUAUCACCCAAAUUGAUGAAGACCAGGGAAUGAAUCACUCAUCCAAAGGCCUGAACAAUCAGUGUGAUAUCAACAACAACAUGCUUAAUGUAGAAGAGCAGUUAUACUGUCACCCAGUGCAAAUAUCAACAGAUGGCAAUGAAAACAAGGACAUUUUAUCAGAAAAAGAAUUAGCUGCUGGCAGUUCAAGAUUGGGUAAAGAAGAUCCUAAAGGUAUAAAUGCUGACCAAAUGACAUUUGGUGCAUCUGUUUCCAAAACUAACUCGAUCAAGUCAACUGCACCUUCUAAACAACCUCUUGUCAUGAGUUUGGAGAGAUCAAAUACUUCUGUUCAACUUGCAGAAAGUGGCUGUCCAUUCAGACUUAUCCAAGACUAUGCUUCUGAUGACAACUUAGAAAAUGUUGAGGUUGGUUCUAGUGUUGAUAGUGAUAAGUUACGAAAGGAAUCUAGGCUAGUGGAAGAAAAUAUGACUCUUGGUUCUCAUCAUAAACUGGAUAAGUUUGGGCGAUUGAUCCGGGAUGGUGCUAGUGAUAGCGACUCAGAUGAUUCUUGCUAUAUUGGGAAAUAUAGAAGGGGAAGACCUCAGAGCAGAAAUCAGAGCCUUUCACCUCUAGAUAGAAGGAGAAAAAGUCCACGGAGGAGAAGGAAGAAGCGCAGCCUAUCUUGCAGUUCGUCUCCCAGAAACAAGAGAAGCAGGAGCAAGUCUCCCAGAAACCGGAGAAGCAGGAGCAGGUCUCCCAGAAACCGGAGAAGCAGGAGCAGGUCUCCCAGAAACCGGAGAAGCAGGAGCAGAUCUCCCAGAAACCGGAGAAGCAAGAGUAGAUCUCCCUGUUUUCAGCAUACAGAUGAAUUCUGUGGUGAAAAGAAAAGACAUGUGAAGGGACAGAUGCCAUUCUGUUUUGACUUCCGUCGAGGCAAGUGCUACCGUGGAGUGUCUUGUCGUUAUAUGCACCACGACUCUGGCAAGAGUUAUGAAUCAAGGCGGCAAAGGAGCAAACAACAGCAUCUGGAGUUGCCUCAUACUUCUAGGACUAAUAAUGUUCGUGAAGAGAUCAAGCAGAGCUCUGAGAAAAGAGAAGAUUCUGGUGAUGGAGGUGUUCAUUAUCAAGAUAUUCAAUCCAAUGAGUAUCACAUGGUUAACUCUGAUAGAUCUGGAGGCACCCCAACCUCUUUAUUCGAAACACACUUGUUAGAAAAGAAGCAGGAAGGGCCUAAUCCUGCCAGUUAUGAGAAUUGUCUAGAAGCAGCUGCAGAAUCUCAACACCUGUCAACUAUGGAUAGCUCAUCAGUUGGCAAGAUAAAUACACUGAUGUCAUGUGCUAAUGCUUCUCAGCAAGUACCUACUUCUUUGUUCAGCCCUUCUGAUCCAGUGUGUCAACAUGCUAAUUGCCAACCUCAACAAUCAGAUAACUCAUCCAUGUCUGAUUCUUUACCGUGUAAAACAUCAAAAUCAUCGCUAAAUAUGCUUCCAGACGGUAAUGUUCAUCCACAUGCAAUGGAGCUCCAUAACCGUCCUUGCCAUAUAUCCUCCCCUUCUGUCCUAUGCUCACAUGGUAAAGAUAAUGAACGUAUGAAAGAGCAGCAAACUUCAUCUUCUAUGUUUCAAUCUUCUGGGGAAGGCUUUCCUUCUUACAUGUUACCUAGCCAAGAGUCUUACUUUGCUGUACAGCCAAAUUCGUAUAUGACUUCCUUACCUCCAAUUCCACCACCAUCUGUGGAUUCAACUGUAACUCCCAGUGUUUCUUCACAUUUUCGGCAGAAUUACUUUCCUUUGAGGAAUGAUAUUGGUUCCCAGAUUGUCCGAAGUCCUUACCUUACUAAAUUGCCUGCAUCUUCUCAAUCUGAUGGGUUUCAAUUUCAACAGAGAGCUUAUUCUCCAAUUCAGGAUGUUAAUCGACCUAUCUUGCAGGUUUCUUUACCUGUGUGUAACCUGACUGGAGCUCCUAGUAUAUCAAGAGAUGAUGGUUUAACACAACCUCCAACGCAGAAUGUUAUUGCUUCAAAUUCCUUUUCCCAGAGCAAUAUUCAUCGUCAUGCUCUGCCAUGUUCACAACAGUUGAUGGGAAACAAAAUGCAACCAUUUUCCUCUGAGAGUGUGCCACCAGGUGGACUUUCUUACUCAUCUGCAUAUAUUCAUCCCUAUGCACAGCAGCAACCACCUCACAGUUCACACCACCCUACAAUUGAUGGUAUUUAUAAUCUUGGUGGAAAGAUAAAUUCUUCGCUAAAAGUUCCACCAAAUAUUGGGGACACCCCACCCCACCUAGUUGACAUUGGAGGAUCAAGUAGUUCAAUUCCUAAUCCAAAUGUAUCGACUCUUCUUCAGCCAAUGAAUACCAAACACAAUUCUGAUAUUCUCCGGCAAGAAAAAGAUAUAGCCUACAGUAAGACUCCUUUCAGUUUGGCUAAUGGUUCAGUGCAUGAGAGAGGUAUUGUAUCUCAACAAGCAACUUUGUCACCCUAUUCUUCCAGGGCCUUUCGGCAGAAUUUUCUUAGAACAGGUUGUGACCAAUAUGAUCCACUCAUUGAUAGCAUUGAGCCAUCUUCAAGUUUAUCGAGAAAAAACAAGUGUAUUCAAAAGUUGGAAGUAACAGGUGAAUCUGACAUUGUAUUGGGGCUUAGUGGUUCCAACAAGCCACUGAAUGUGGGGGAAAACAACAAUAGGAAAGAUGCUGCAGCUGCUGCUUCUGUGGCAUCUGCAGGGAAGGAAGAAUUUGGUGAGACUGCUGAUGGUGAAGUUGGGUCCGUUGAGAUUGGAAGGCCGAGUAAUCCUGUUGAAGUUAACAUGGCUACUAGUGAGGUUGAGAUUGACCAGGUAAAGUCUCCAGGGAAGAGCAAGAAGAGCAAAAAAUCCAGAUCAAUGAAGCAUUUCAAGGUUGCCCUUGCACGUUUUGUGAAGGAGCUUUUAAAGCCGUCAUGGAAACAGGGCAAUAUGAGCAAUGAGACAUUUAAGACUAUUGUGAAGAAGGCUGUUGAUAAAGUAUCAGGUGCUAUGAAGAGCCACCAUGUGCCCAAAUCACAUGAAAAGAUUGAUCGUUACAUCAAGUCAUCUCAGCAGAAAUUGACAAAACUUGUGAUGGGUUAUGUCGAUAAGUAUGUUCAUGUGUAAGAUGGCAUCGAUGUUGAUCCGAAGCACUUUCAUCAACAGGUGUGUUCUUUCUUUCAUACCUUGAUCUCGACUACUAUCCUCUGCCCUUGAAGCUUUUGCAAGUUGGUAAUUCAUUUUGUUGCAGUGGGUUGAGAAAAAGUUCAGAAAUUUUCGAGUUGGUGGUGAUAAAAACUCUGUAUAGUUUGUAAGGUCAGGAUAAUUUUAUGAGAAGGGUGAAAGUGAUAAGAUAUUGUUACGUUACUCGAACUCGGAUGUGAGUGUCGGAUAUGUAUAUGAUGCACAUGCUUAAAAAAUGACGAGUCAAAUUAACAUAAAUAUGUAA